UUGCGCGUUUCCGGUGUUCGGCUUUUGGUUUUCUUCACUUGUGCUUGUUGUCUCUGCGUGUACUGAAAGCUAACGACAUGGCGACCGACGGACCUCCAGGAAUCGAACCGAACCCGCCCGAUCUUGGUGGCGCUUUGGCUGCUCUAAAUACUUGGAGCAACCCGGAGCUCCAGGCAAAGCUAUCGGAGAUCGGAGCGCCCAACAUGGGUCCAAGAGAAGAGCUAAUGGACAGACUGAAGGGAUAUGUAAUGCAGACUGGAAUGAUGCCCAGUAAGCCAAACCUGCAAAGUAUGGAUGACAAGCCGACCCCCUUACCUCAGAUCCCCACCCUGCCACCCAUGCCCCCCAUCCCUGCCAUGCCCCUCCCCCCAGGCAUGGGCAUGCUGCAGGCCAUGAGCAUGAUGGGGGGUGUCCCCCCACCGGGCCUCCGACUGCCCAUGGACGGCCCCGGCCUGCCCCCUGGCCUCACGCAGGAGGACCAGCUGAAGAUGGUCCAGCAGAGAGCGGCCAUGGUGCUGCAGCAGGAGGAGAGGUCCAAGCAGGAUGACCCACGGUCCAUGGAGCACAUGAAGGAACAGCAUCUUCUGGAGCAGCAGAAGAGGGCGGCGGUGAUGAUGGAACACGAGCGGCAGCAGGAGCUGGUGAAGAUGCAGGUGGGGGGUCCGCCCCCCCGCGGGCCCGAGCCGGGGCUCCGCCCCCCCGGCAUGCCCAUGACUCCGCUCGGCGCCAUGAGAGGUAUGGUUCCUGGAGUCCCCCCUCCCCCAGGGAUCUCCAUGGUCACCCCACCCAGCCACAGACAGAGGGUCCCCCCACCACCCGGGGAGGACGCGCGUGAGGUAUGGCAGGGGGAGGAAGUAGGGAUGGGGCCAAAGAUUCCCCAGGCCCUGGAGAAAAUCCUUCAGCUGAAGGAGAUCCGCCAGGAGCAGCUCAGCAUUGCCCCUGUAGAGGAUGACGACAGUAUUGAGAUGGAGCUGAGGAACUCCGCAGCUGCUGCCCUGUCUGAGGCCGAUGAUGAGGACACCGGCCUCUCCAAGAAAGACAAAAAUCGCAAGCGCAGGAACCGCAAGAAGAAGAACAAGAAGAAGAGGGCACAGGAGAAGCGGGCGCUGGACAAAGAUGCCGGCGAGGCGGAGAAGGAGAAGGAGAAGGAGAAGGAUCCGGAGGUGGAAAUCGAGUAUGUGACUGAGGAGCCAGACAUCUACGACCCCAACUUCAUCUUCUUCAAACGGAUCUUUGAGUCCUUUAAGCUCACCGACGAUGUGAAGAAAGAGAAGGAGAAGGAACCGGAGAAGGCCGAAAAGCAGGAGGCCACUGCCGUGAAGAAGAAGGGCUUCGAGGAGGAGAAGAAGGACAGCGACGACAGUGACGAGGAGACAAAGACGGACGCGCCCAAAAUGUCGAAGAAAAAGCUGAGGCGGAUGAACAGGCUGACCGUGGCUGAGCUGAAACAGCUGGUGGCCCGCCCGGACGUGGUGGAGAUGCAUGACGUCACCGCACAGGAGCCCAAGCUGCUGGUGCACCUGAAGGCCACGCGAAACACGGUCCCCGUGCCCCGUCACUGGUGCUUCAAGAGGAAGUACCUGCAGGGCAAGAGGGGUAUCGAGAAGCCGCCCUUCGAACUGCCCGAGUUCAUCAAGAGGACCGGCAUCCAGGAGAUGAGGGAGGCCCUGCAGGAGAAGGAGGAUGCCAAGACCAUGAAGACGAAGAUGAGGGAGAAGGUUCGACCCAAGAUGGGCAAGAUCGACAUCGACUACCAGAAGCUGCACGACGCCUUCUUCAAGUGGCAGAUUAAGCCGAAACUCACCAUCCAUGGAGACCUCUAUUAUGAGGGUAAGGAGUUUGAGACCCGGCUGAAGGAGAAGAAGCCGGGUGACCUUUCAGACGAGCUGCGUAUCGCUCUGGGGAUGCCUGUGGGCCCGAACUCUAACAAAGUGCCCCCACCCUGGCUGAUCGCCAUGCAGCGAUAUGGACCCCCUCCCUCCUACCCCAACCUGAAGAUCCCUGGCCUCAACUCCCCCAUCCCCGAGGGCUGCUCGUUCGGCUACCACGCAGGAGGCUGGGGUAAACCCCCCGUGGACGAGAUGGGCAAGCCCCUGUACGGAGACGUGUUCGGCACCAACGCUGGAGACUUCCAGGCCAAGAGUGAGGAAGAGGAGGUGGACCACACCCCCUGGGGCGAGCUGGAGCCCUCUGAUGAAGAGUCGUCCGAGGAGGAGGAAGAGGAGGAGAGCGACGAAGACAAGCCGGAUGAGACUGGCUUCUUCACGCCCGCCGACAGCGGACUCAUCACCCCUGGGGGCUUCUCCUCUGUCCCGGCCGGCAUGGAGACCCCAGAGCUCAUCGAGCUGAGGAAGAAGAAGAUCGAGGAGGCUAUGGACGGGAACGAGACGCCUCAGCUGUUCACGGUUCUGCCGGAGAGGAGAACUGCGUCCGUGGGUGCUGCCAUGAUGGCCUCCACUCACAUCUACGACGUAUCUGGGGCCAUAGCAGGGCGCAAGGCUGGCGGAGGCCAGGAGUCCCAGGGUGUGGAGGUGGCCUUGGCCCCCGAGGAGCUGGAGCUGGACCCCAUGGCCAUGACGCAGAAGUACGAGGAGCACGUGCGCGAGCAGCAGGCCCAGGUGGAGAAGGAGGACUUCAGCGACAUGGUAGCUGAGCACGCUGCCAAGCAGAAGCAAAAGAAGAGGAAGGCAGCCCCCCAGGACAACCGAGGAGGGGCCAAAAAGUACAAAGAGUUCAAGUUUUAGGAGGAGGUCAGCCUUUCCAUUUGGUGAGAGGGUGAGGGGUAUGGUCACCCUUUCUCUGACUCAUAACCAGCUUCUUUUUUUUUUUUUUUUACUUUUUAAAAUAAGUCCACAUUUUCAUAAGGAUUGUUUUAGAGUUCUUUGUGUACGGAUUUGUGUUUUCUGUGAGCUUAAUUUUUUUUUCAUCAAGUGUUUCUCCUUGUAAAUAAAAAAGAUCAGUGUA